AAAGGAUAUUAUGGCGCAGCGCGAGUGGAGAAACAGAAACAUAUGAGCUUAACACCGUAAUACUCUUAUCAUAGAAAUAGAAGCAGUCCUCAAUUCCCGCCCGCUAACUCCUAUCUCCACCGAUCCAAAUGAUCUCCUAGCCCUCACUCCCGGACAUUUCCUCAUUGGCGAUUCAUUAAUGUGCUUACGUGAUCGAGAUUUCAGGGACAUUCCAUCGAACCGACUCUCCAAAUGGCAGCAUAUCCAACAGCUUAAACAACAUUUUUGGAACCGCUGGCAUAAGGAGUAUUUGAACGAGCUAACCAACCGCAAUAAAUGGAGCAAGGGUGGACACAGCAUCCAAAAGGGCACAAUCGUCAUCCUCAGAGAGGACAACGUUCCCUCCAUGCAUUGGCCUCUGGGCCGAGUUAUCAAGAUUCAUCCAGGCGCCGAUGGUGUCAUCCGGACAGCUACAGUUCAGACGGCAAAGAGCAUUUUGGAUCGGGGCGUCAAAAGGCUUGUCCCACUGCCAAUUCAACCCGAUCUCGAGAAACCCGAACAACUAGCCACCGAGACGAAAUAAGAUGGGAACUUCAACCACACCUCCCUAGUUUGAUCGGUACCCUCUCAACGGGGGGAGAAUGUUACGCCAUGCGGCUUACCAUAGGUCAUAUUCUUAACUAUCGAUCGCGGCACUAUAAUGUCGCAGACGGAUCGUCGUGUCUGCCCGGCAAACAAACAUUGUAGUGGCAAGCGCAUGGUUCAUUAAGCAGGGCGACUUCCAGAAACGUCGACUCGUGGCCCGUAUUUUACCUCGCGUAAAAGAAUGUGGCGUGAUCCGAACGUAGUGGGGGUCGCCUUCCAGAAAAAACGAAAAAAAUCGAAAGGCGUUCAGAACUUUUCGAGAUGUCGAACCGUCAACACAUGUGGCGCUUGGCCAUGGAUCGCUGCAUUAGGUUUUCGUAAUCCCCGAAACCCAGACAAACCACUAUGGAAGUGCGGAGGUUCCCUGAUAUCGGCUAGGCAUGUUUUGACCGCAGCACAUUGUGCACAUAUGGAUGGAAUAGAAAACAUACACAAUCAUAAUAUUGUCAUUCUUAGAUUGGUGGAGGAGGUGCCAUUUUCGAGGUACGUAUAUCCCAUUUGUACGAAAGAGCCCCUACGAAAGAGCAACUUCGUCGGCUAUAACCCCCUUGUUGCUGGAUGGGGAGCAUUAAGAUAUAGACGACCACGACGUAAUGCAUUAAUGGAAGUACAAAUGCCAGUGAUUAAGAACGCCGAAUGCAAAAUAGCUUAUUCCAAAUUUCCUAAUGCACCUGAUAUCACUGAUGGUAUAAUAUGCGCCGAACAUGCUCAGGGUGGAGAGGAUUCUUGUACGGCUGACCGCGGCGGACCACUGCUGAUACAACAUGAAUUAACCUCGUAUUUAAUAGGUAUUGUGUCUUAUGCUUAUAAGUGCGGCACAGCUGGGUAUCCCAGCGUUUACACUAGGGUCACAUCGUACCUUGACUUCAUUCUCCAAGCGAUGCAAUAAUAUGAUAUUACUGUUCCAUAAAUAUCAUUGUGUAAAAAACGUAAAGUUGGAUUUUCUUAUUGUGGAGAUAAGAAACAGCUCAAAUUUACAUUGUUUUGUACGUUACAAAUUAUAGGCUUAAAAUGUACGAAAUGUAACUUUGAAACGACACUAAUUUUUUACGCACGAUAAACCUCCACGACUUAGGAAAACAGUGCAGGAUGCUGUGAUUCGUUUCUUGUGGUCGGAGGUUAUGUUUGAUGCCUAUAUUUAUCAAAGAUUUAAUGCACAUUAUGGAGAAAGUGUUUUGUCACGAAGUGUGUUUGAAUGGGCACAAAAGUUCAAAGAAGAUCGCACGAGUGUUAUGAAAAAACAGCUGGACGCCCGUCCACAUCCACGAUGACAACAUUGAACGUGCUCAUGAACUUAUGCUCUAUGGAAUAGACGAGUGACACUGGAUAAUGUGGCAAAUCAUUUGCAAAUCAGCCACGGCUCUGCUUAUGCAAUAGUGCACGACAGAUUUGGAUUUUAAAAAGUUUGUGCGAGAUGGAUGCCGAAAAAGCUGAUGAAAAGGUGAAGACGACGAUGCAUUCGUGGUUCGCAGCUCAGCCCAAAACAUUUUUUAAUGAGAAAAUACAAAGGUCCUUCGGCAAAUGGACAAAGUGUAUACAGAAAUCGAGUGAUUAUGUCAAAAAAUGAUGUAUGUCUUUUUUGACAAUUGCUUAAAAUAAAUUCUACACCGACAGAG